UCAAUCUGAUACUAACCGAAUGCAGUAGGCCGAUAACAAUACGUUUUACUUUGAUAUUUUUCAUUGUCUGGAUGAUUUUUAUUAUUAUUAUUGAUUUUUUUUUAUUUGUUGACCAUGAUUAGAACCACCAAAAACUCAUGAUAUCAACAUAUUUCUUUGAGAACUUAACAAUGUGAAAUACAAACAAUACAAACAAAUAUUGUAAUAUAUUAUAAUACAAAUUUAUUACAUACGAUUGUCAAUAGUUCAAAAUAACCAAACUAAUGCAGCUACUUUAGUAGCACAGAUACACAGAGAAGUUAAAAAUAUGGCUCUCAUUACGUUAGUAUCGGUCAUAUAACGAUCGACAAUAUCCAGAGUUGGAUCGACUUGCCCACCUCAAGUUGCCACGACUGCAGCAGCAGAAAGAUGUGGAAGUUUGUGACCUACACACUUUGUCUCUUUGUGUCUUCUCAGCUGAGUUUUGUGUGUGUUUGGGCAGCAGAACUGGACGAUGAGGUCAAGAUCGAAGUUGUGCUCCAACCAGAGCAAUGCGAGAAAAAAAGCAAAAAAGGAGAUCUGAUGAACGUUCACUACGAUGGCUUCCUCGCCAAAGAUGGUUCCCAGUUCUAUUGCAGCCGUUGAGCUGAGAGGGCAUCACAUCUCCUACAGUGUUAACUUCUCGUCUCCCCAUGGAAUGACUAAGCAUGCAAAGAGCCGAUCUGACAAAGCUGGUCACCCACAGUGGUUUGUACUGGGUGUCGGGCAAGUUAUCAAGGGCCUUGACAUUGGAAUGAUGGAUAUGUGUCCAGGGGAGAAAAGGAAGAUAACAGUUCCUCCUGCCCUGGCCUUUGGAGUGAACGGCAAAGGCCCCGUGCCACCAAACGCUACUGUCGUAUUUGAAGUGGAGGUUUUCUCCGUGUCCAGGGGACCACGCAGCAUGGAGGCUUUUGGAAACAUAGACAUUGAUAAAGACCGCAGUCUCACAAAAGCAGAGGUAAAAGAUUACUUGAAACUUUCAUUUGAAAAAGAUGGGAAGCCACGAGAUGACCCCUUCUAUGAGAAGAUCUUGAAUGACAUAUUCCGCAAGAGUGACAGUGACAAAGAUGGCUUUAUCAGUGCAAAGGAGUUUAACAUUUAUCAGCAUGAUGAGCUGUAGUUUCUAUAGUAGUUGCUAUUUCUCAGUAUGUUGAAAUACACUGAAAUACACUACCAGGAUUGGACUGUACAGUCACAGUAGGGUUUGCAACCUUUACCACAGACUAAUCCAAGGUGCAACUACCGUAGUCCCCCGAGACUGACGGAUGUCAACAGUGUUUUGUCUGAACACUUUUUGUACAUGUUACAGUAUAUUUUCACUCACACUGACUUCUUUGCAGCCGGUUCCCAUCGAUGGUGUGAAUGAGAAUGUGUGAAUGGCUAUCUCUUACGUGGUCUGUGACUAACUGGCAACCCUACCUCUCAUCUAAGAUCUGCACGUGCGACCCUGUGCAGGAUAUCCAGUAUUUAUAUUGAAAGAUAUCAGACAAUAUGCCAUUACAGAGAACAACAAUGCAUUAAACCAACAUCAUAAAAACAUCAAAUCUCUGUAAUUUUCCUGUAUACAGUUAUAUGCACAAAAUACAUACACAGUGUAUCAUACACCAUUGAUUCUGACAAUGUUUACA